AUGGUCGAAACUAGAGGCUCCCGACCAUCUUUUGAUGGUUCUGUGGAGCUGCCAUCUUUUGCCCCUGAUGAUGGGGAUCUUGAUCAAAAACUCGUGCAUCCUUUGGAGGACCACGAGGAACACGGAUCGCCUCCAGCUGCGAAGAGGCGGCGGACCGGCUCACCAUCUGCUGAUCUCUCACUCGAUUUCCCCGAAGAACAUCACGGACCUGGCCACAAAAUUGAGCAAGAACUGGCAACUGCGCUUGGCGAAAGCAUUGUAGACACAAUGGGACCGGCCGACCACACUCACCAUCCUCAACCUGGCACCGCUCAUGACGAAAACCCCAACGUGAACCCGGAUGUUGCUUCUAUCAUCAAUGAGAUCAUGGAUCACACUGAACGUCAGGAGCAAACUGUUGCAAUGGGUCCCCAGGAAGUUGCACCAUCUGGUGACUUCCCAGGUGGCAAAGGUUUCGCGUUUCUCAAGGCUAAUCAGCACCUGAAAAUCCAAAGCUUGCCUAUUCUUGACAACUUGUCCACCCAGAUCCUCUCAUUUUUGUCUAAGAACACCUACCCGGAACUCACGGCCAUGGUAUCUGAACCGGAUUCAGAGAAUGGACAGGCGUAUGCGACAAUGCGAUCCCUUUUUGAUCAUACCAAGCGGGUUUACACGGUGAAGCACUCUUUCCUUCAGACCUCCGAUCUCGAGAUCACCGAUUCCUCUCAGGUGGAUGUCAUUCGCAAGGCCAAUCUAGCCUCCUUCGUGUCGAGCAUCUUUGGUUCACAGGAAAUCGGAUUUGCAGAGUUGAACGAACACUUUUUGGAUGUCUUUGUUCCUGAGGGAUAUCGACUGCUCAAGGUUCAAGGGGCUUUGUACCUGGAACUCAAGACCCAGGCAUUUAUCGCCGCCAUGAACAACAAGUCACGCACCCGGACAGCUCUCUUGUACGAGCUGUUCCCUGAUGAUAUGGAACAGCAGUUGCUUGCUCGACGCCCUGGUACCAGGCAAUUAGCUCCUAGUGAAACAGACUUUGUGAACCGCCUUGCAUCACGCCGUGACCACCUUCUCCAUGAUAUCAACGAUGAAGAAGCAAUGAGGGGCUUACCAGACAAGUAUCAGUGGGAGGAUUUCCUGCGUGAUUUGAGUUCUUACAUCUCCAAGAACUUUGAUGCUAUCAAUACUCAACCGGGUAAGAAGCCUAUGAAGGGGCGUCGGCCAUCAAGCGCAAGUGCAGAUACACAGGAGACCACUACUGCCACUCACCAGGGUCAAUUCUCCGUGACACAGCCAGUUGAAGUCCCAGUUGAUCGGAACAUGCAUGGUGACCUUGUGGCUCGUGCUGCUCGGGCUGCGCAAAUUGCUCUACAGGGCCAUGGUCUUCGCCGCUCUCAGCAACAGUCUCAACAGCAGCACCAACACCAGCAGCCUCAGCCGCAAUCCCAGGCUAGUCCCUCUCCCUCUCAUCAAUGUCAUCAGCCACAGCAGCAGCAGCAGCAUGCCCCUCAGUCCGAUAAUCAAUAUCUUCACGGCUACGCGGCCGCUCAGCAACCUGCUCCACAGCAGCACCAUCAACCGCAGCAGUAUCACAGUCCAACUCCCCCUGGUGGAUACCAACAGCCCCCUGGCGGCAUGACCUUCCAACAAAGCCCUUUGCAGACCAACUUCCAGCAAUACAACCCCAAUGCUGCUCAGACCAUGCAAGCACGAGCCAAUGGAAUGACUGGAAAUCACGGGUACAUGCCGGGGAUUCCUCACUAUUCUCAGUCACAGCCCACGCAAGUGCUGUAUGAACGUGCCCGCAUGGCUGCAUCUGCCAAAUCAUCUCCAACCAGCCGCAAGUCCGGAUUGCCCAGCCAACGUCGCCCUUGGACCACUGAGGAAGAAAACGCUCUUAUGGCAGGAUUGGAUAGGGUCAAAGGCCCUCACUGGAGUCAGAUUCUUGCUAUGUUUGGCCCUGGAGGAACAAUAAGUGAGGCACUCAAGGACCGAAACCAGGUCCAACUGAAGGACAAAGCUCGCAAUUUGAAGUUGUUCUUCCUGAAGAGUGGAAUUGAGGUUCCUUACUAUCUGAAGUUUGUCACGGGUGAGCUCAAGACCAGAGCGCCUGCUCAGGCUGCCAAGCGUGAGGCACGUGAGAGACAAAAGAAGCAAGGCGAGGAGGACAAAGCUCAUGUUGAGGGGAUUAAGGGCAUGAUGGCCCUGGCUGGUGCCCACGCUUCACCUGUGGGUGGUCAUGAAAUGUCUGCUUCGCCAAGCCUGCCACCAGAUCCCAACAGCCAAUCAGUCUUUGAUCAGACUGCUGAGCAAAACCUGAUGCAAACACUCAGCCAGGAGGUCCAUGGCAGCCAGUACCCUCAACAGCAUACUCAGCCGAACCAAGAUCACAUCGAUCCUCAUAUGCAACUGGGUCAGUAG